CUUUAACUGUCUAUGGUGUACCGACACUCCCAUCCCCCUCCUCGUGCCCCUCCCCCUCCGCUACAUGAACAGAAGAGGCUCCAUUUUGUUUGGUUUUUGCGGUCACACAGUCGACACAGCCUGCGAGGAAACAACGUCAAAGCCGUUUAAAAGAUAACCGUUACCAACGACACCAACAAUGAGCGGUUGUCGUAUUUUCAUUGGCCGUUUGAGCCCAUCGGCCAGAGAGAAGGAUGUGGAGAGGUUCUUCAAAGGAUACGGCCGCAUUCGAGAUAUCGACCUAAAGAGAGGAUUUGGGUUUGUGGAGUUUGAUGACCCCAGAGAUGCUGAAGAUGCCGUUUAUGAGCUUGAUGGCAAAGAGUUGUGCAAUGAAAGGGUGACCAUUGAACACGCCCGUGUACGUCUGCGUGGCGGCCGUGGCAGAGGAAGUGGUGGUAGUGCAGGAGGACGUUUCUCUGAUCGCUAUGGCAGAGGUUCCCAGAACAGUCGGAGCCGAAACCCUCCUCCGAUGCGCACUGAGAACCGCCUAAUAGUGGAGAACUUGUCCUCACGUGUUAGCUGGCAGGACCUGAAAGAUUUCAUGAGACAAGCUGGAGAGGUGACAUUUGCCGACGCACAUCGCCCCAAGCUCAACGAAGGGGUUGUUGAGUUUGCCUCUUGCAGCGAUCUGAAAAACGCCAUGGACAAACUGUCUGGGAAGGAAAUCAAUGGCAGGAAAAUCAAGCUCAUUGAGGCAGCCAGAAAGAGGUCAAGAAGUCGCUCCCGGUCUGAGAGCUCCUCUCGCUCCCGCUCCCGUUCUCGUGGCCGCUCUCCAUCCCGCUCCCCCAGACGCUCCCGCAGCCCCGCCCACAAGGCCCACAACCGUUCCCGCUCCCCCAGCGUGUCCCCUGCCGGUGGCGCUUCCUCCCCAACCUCCAAAUCAAAGGAGCCAGCUAAACGGUCCUCCAAGACAAGCAAAUCUGCCACCCCGCCCUCCCCUCCUCCUGCUCAGAGAGCCUCCAUCUCCCGCUCCCGCUCUCGCUCCCGUUCCCGCUCUCGCUCCCGUUCCCGCUCUCGCUCUCGCUCACCUUCUACUGACAGCCAGCGCUAAACGCUUCGUUUUGGUUUAAUGGGAAUCAACAGUAGAAACAACUUGAUUCAACAGUAGAAUCCGCUUGGAGGAGUUGACACACUGAAGCUCUUGUGACCACGUUUGAGAGCUGAGACCAGAGCUUUCCUCGAGUAGUUUGUUUUUCCUGUCUGGAUUGUCAUAACUAUCAUCAAGCUUUUCACAUUUAAACACCAAUACAUUGUCAUGCAGAAAUCAGUCACUUAUUUUAUUCUCAUCAUAUAGUGUUUAAAUUAAAUAACUUAAACGGAGGACACUUGUCAAACAGUGAUGCUGUUUGUGUCCCCCUCAUUGCCCAUCCAGAUUAAACCCAUAGGUGUGUCGCACCCAGUUACUCCUCACCUCCAAAUGUAUACAUCAGCUAUGCUGCAGUUCCUCUGCUGCAGCACCGUGUCUCCACACUGACGGACCGUUUCUCUCACCAAGCCACCACGUUUCAUCAGGUCUCGGUUAUUGAGUCUUUGAUGGUAUUUGUUAGUUAUUAGGCAGGACUUGGGGGGCCUUUUGUGUGACCACGUUCUUUACUUUUUUUGCAAUACUUUUGCUCGUCUGUGGGAGAGUUUAAAAUCACAAAUUUUUGUCUGUAUCAUAUGGUCCAAGUCCUUUUUUUUUUUUUGCCUUUUUUUUCCCUCUCCUGCAUUUUCUGACCUACUGUACCUACCACAGCUGGUGUGUGUGUAAUAUCUAUACAUGAGGAUUCUUGCACGUGCGAUUUGUUUGAUAAAAAUUUAGAAUCUUCUCAUUGUUGAAAAUGUUUUGUGCUUAAAACUCAAAUCAAAUCACCCACCAAAACUGGCAUUGGCAGGAUCAAGAACAAAAAAACUAAGUCAUGGAUCUUAUAUUUUCUGGUAGUUGACUGCCGAACUUAUUUUGUUGGAGAUGUAAUUUUCCUUUUGAGGAUAAGGUCAACACUUUAAAAUGGCAUUGCUUUAAAGAGGGCCGGUUGUUCUAGCAUUGUAAUUAAAGUUCUUAUUUUUAUUUUUGGGGUUUUGUGUACAGCAUUGCAGACUUUUGUUUUACAGUGUAUAAUGUAAUUCCAAGAAUGCUUGUUGGUACUGUGACUGUUACUGUGGUUUAAUUGAACGUGUAGGCAAGAGUUUGAAG